UGGCUCGUAUUUAAUAUAAAGCAAAAUCAGCUGUUUAGUUACUAAAGAAUUUAUUAAUUAGUUAAAGAAAAUUUACAAAAAUGUCCAUACUCCGACAAUUAACUAUGAUAUCUCGUCAGCCAAGUCGGCUCACUAACUUGACGAAUUCGAUCAGAUCGCUAAGCAUUACACCAAGCUUUGAACAAAAACAAGCAGCGCAACUGUUAGCAACAGAGGAUAGAAAAGAUAAAGAAAUAGACCAUGUGGACGACAAACAAUGUGAAAAUAUAUUUAAUAAAGUGAAUCAACAACUAAGGAAAGAUGAAGAGGGACGACUUUUUGCUGUGGUACAUUUAUGUGGCAAGCAAUUUAAAGUGACGGCCGGCGACAUAAUUUUAGUAGAAGGUUAUUGGCCUCCGGCAAUUGGUGAUCAACUAAGUUUAGAAAAAGUCAUGUUAGCAGGAGGCAAAGAUUUCACUUUGAUCGGAAUGCCUUUGGUCGAACCCGGACUGGUUGAUGUGAAAGCUACGGUUAUAGAAAAAACUUUAAGCCAUACUAAGACAAUUUUUAAAAAGAAACGGAGAAAGCAAUAUAUGCGGACAAAUUUCCAGAGAUCACCACACACUAUGAUACGUAUCAAUACUAUCAACAUAAAAGGAAAAAUUAAUGAACCCUCCACGAUGGUAAUAAAUGAAAAACAAAUAUUUUAA